AUGCACAUCGAACUGAUCCCCAUGAGAUGGGGCUCCGGCGACAACUACGCCUAUCUUUUAGUUGACGACAAGCUGAAACACGCGUGGCUCAUCGACCCCGCCGAACCCGACGAAGUGGUGGCGUACCUCGACAAGGCCGGUACCGGCUACGAGCUUAAGGCGAUUGUCAACACCCACCACCACUACGACCACUCGCAGGGCAACCAGUUCUUCCACAAGAAGUACCCGGACUUGCCCGUGAUCGCCGGCAAGGACCUGCCCCAGGUGCUGUAUACGCCUCAGGACGGCGAGGUAAUUGAUUUGGGGGACCUGUUGGCGAUCACGGCACUCCACACGCCAUGCCACACCCAGGACCUGAUCUGCUACUACGUGCUGGAUACAAACACCAAAGAGAAGGCGGUGUUCACGGGGGAUACGCUAUUUAUUUCCGGGUGCGGCCGGUUCUUCGAAGGCACACCCAAGGAGAUGGACUACUCGCUCAAUAAGGUGUUGGCGAAGUUGCCCGACGCCACCAAGGUGUACCCGGGCCACGAAUAUACCCGCAGCAAUAUUAAGUUCUCGCAGAAAGUGCUUGACAACGACGCCAUUGCCGCCCUCGCCGAGAUGGCGAAAGCCAACGAGCACACCACGGGGAAGCUGACCAUCGGCCAGGAGAAACAGUAUAAUCCGUUCAUGAUGUUGGGAGACCCCCAGGUGCAGCGGGCGACGGGGGAGCUGGCGCGGGAGGCGGUGAUGGGCAAGCUCCGAGAAAUGAAAAACAAUAUGUAG